AUGAAAGAAGCUAACGCAUAUGAAAAAGAUAUAAGGCGACUUUUACCUGUUAUGUUAAUAGGUUUAGUAACCGUUGUUAUGUACACAAUAUUUGUUACAUUUUAUUGUAUGGUAUUAUUACAAAUUAAUGUGGAAAAACAAUAUGUAAAUAUAGAUCUCUUAAAUGAAGGAUAUACUAAAUUAUUAACAU